AUGGAUUUCGUGGUUGGACUACCUGUUUCGAGGACUUUCGAUGCUAUCUGGGUGAUUGUGGAUCGGUUGACGAAGUCCGCACAUUUCUUGGCCAUCAAGAAGACAGAUGGAGCUGCUGUCUUGGCUAGGAAGUUUGUGCGAGAGAUCGUGAGGCUGCAUGGAGUGCCAGCUAGUAUUGUGUCAGACCGUGAUCCCAGAUUCACUUCAGAGUUUUGGAGGGCUUUUCAGGCAGAGAUGGGCACUAAGGUGCAUUUGAGUACAGCUUAUCAUCCGCAGACAGAUGAUCACCUGAGCUUAGUUGAGUUUGCAUACAACAACAACUUUCAGGCGAGUAUUGGCAUGGCUCCAUUUGAGGCUUUGUAUGGGAGGCCAUGUAGGACACCCCUAUGCUGGACCCAAGUGGGGGAGCGCAGCAUGUAUGGAGCUACUUAUGUUCAGGAGACGAGAGAAGGUUCGUGUUGUGAGGCUGAACAUGAAGGAGGCUCAGGCAGACAGAAGAGUUACGCAGAUAGACGCAGACGAGAGCUUGAGUUUCAGGUUGGAGAUAGAGUUAUCUCAAGAUGGCUAUGUUGA